AAAAAAAAUCACCAGAGUAACAAAGUUCUAUUUACUUGGACCAUCUCUCUCACUCGUAUGUCAAGCGUUCCGAUAAUUCGGUCUAUGUUCCGAUAAUUCGGUCUAUGUUCCGAUAAUUCGCUGUAUGUUCCCUGGCCGACUUCUGAUUGGAUUAAGCUUUCCUGGAUUAGGAUAAUUCGUUUUCUUCUGGAUAUUUAAAUCGGAUUUUGGAUUAUACAGCUCUUAAAGACACUGCGGUGAAGUGUUCCAGUGAACAAUGUGAAACGAUGUGUUGGUAUUUUUUAAAACAAUAAAACAACGUUGACAUCUGUUUCGAUUGGUAAUGACAUCGUGUAACAGAGAAAUAAAUCAAUCUUUGCGUCUAGACCUUUCAUCCAUGCCAUGUUCGAUUCAUUGAGAAGGCGUUAAACAUUCUACAAAUUUUAGAUUAAACGACGCUCUAAUGAAAACGAUGAACGCGCACUACUUUUUGUGGACUAUUUUCUUCGCCAUCUGCGCGGAAGUGCAAAACGUUAAGGAUACUCUUUCCGGUUCACCGGAUGCAGAUCUCAAAUCCGGAAAUGAGUCGCCCACAUCGGAUCCAGUGUUGGAGAGCGCGUUGAUGACGAGGAUUGAAGGUAAAAGCGUCUACCUGUACCACCGGAGCUACACCCGGGUGGUGGCCGGUGAGGAGGGGCCACAUGGCUGGUGGAAUGAUGCAGACGAGAAUGGGAAUGCGGCAUUCAAUGCGACGUUAGCGAGGCCCCAGCGGCGUGGACUUCCGUCUUCGAAUGAGACGACUGUGAAACCAGACAUCCGCAUAGGCGUCCUCCUCCCCUUCAGCAGAAAUAUGCAGCAUGUGGUGACUAAAGUGGCGCCGAUCCUGGAAUACGCCGUGGACAAAGUUGCUCUGCAGAUGGGGCCAUGGGCUUUUAACAGCUUGACCCUUCUCUACGCUGACUCCAUGUGUGACAUAGCUGAGGCCAUGAACAAGGCCAUUCAGCUGGAGGAGAGACUAAAGACAGUGGCCUUCUUUGGACCCGUGUGUGACUAUGCCUUCGCCCCAGUGGCUCGACAGGCCAAGUUCUGGAACACGCCCCUUGUGACUGUUGGAGGAACCGCUCUGGAUUUUAUCUUUUUAAAGACCACAACUUACCCGACCACCACACGAGUCGGCGUCAUAAGCAUUAACGGAGCAUUAGGCGAGUACUUGAUCAAACCUUGCAUCUGCCUCGUGGGAGGUUUCAAUUGA